ACCACUGCCUGCAUUGCGCUUCUGCUCUUUAACGUGGCAGAACACAUCCCAGAGUCUUUAGAUACAAUGGGGACGAGGCUGCUAAUGCUCAUAUCAGCAGUCAUAUUUGCAUCAUGGGUGCUCUCAGCAUCUGGUGCACACUAUCACACUCACAGGCAUCACAGACUGGAGGAUGUAGCACUUACGGAGGAAAUCGAUGUAAGGGCACAGAGGAAUAAGAGAGAGACAGAUGACAGCUACGCGCUUCUGCCUGCCGACACCCCCGAUGACUCUGGCUCAAUGCCACCUGGAGGAGACCCUUCAGACCUUCCAACUUGUCUGCUGUGUGUGUGUCUAACUGGAUCGGUCUACUGCGAGGAGGUCGACCCAGAUAUGACAGCAGUGCCUGCUCUGCCAAAGGAGACAAACUACCUCUACGCUCGGUACAACAAGAUAAAAAAGAUAACAGCCAAAGAUUUUGGAGAUAUCGCGACUCUGAAGAGAAUCGACUUCACUGGAAACAUCAUUUCUGAGAUUGAAGACGGUGCGUUUGCUAAGCUUACCAUGCUAGAGGACUCUCUAGCCGAAAACCAGCUGGUCAAGUUACCAAUACUACCGGCGAAAUUAGUCUCCUUCAAUGCUAAUCACAACAAACUGAGGACCAAAGGAAUCAAGUCAAAUGCUUUCAAGAAAUUAAGCAAAUUGGCACAUCUGUAUCUUGCUCACAAUGAACUGGAGGCUGUUCCUCUCAUUCCAGAGACUGUCCGCACACUUCACCUUCAGAACAAUAACAUUUCAAGCGUGACCGUGGACACCUUCUGCAAAAGUAACGACACAUACUACAUCCGCCCCAACAUGAACGAGAUCCGUAUGGAUGGAAAUCCCGUCGUCCUCGGCCAGUACCCCACCAGUUUCAUAUGCCUGCAGGCUCUGCCAAUUGGGCGAUACUAAUGAAAACCGAAUCAAAGGUACUCCGCAGUGAGAAGUCCUUGGAUAGCCAAUGAUGAUGGCUAAAACCAAGAAGCAAAAAUCAUUCAAUCUCCUGGUGCCUGAGCACAGACGAUUGUACAAAAAGUUAAUACCAUGAGAAUAUGUAUUAUGUAUCUAAUUAUGUAACAGCUGCCCAAACACUUAGAUUUCCUUUUGAUAAUGACUUUGUAGAUGAACCUAAACCACAAGUCUUUGAAAGAAUAACUUUAUAUCCAUUGUAAAUAACCACUGGAGGCUACUGCUUAGUAAAAUGUGAGAUCAUGAAAAGCUGCAGUCAAGCUUCUAGUAUUCCUCAGAACUCUGUGAAUUUCUGACACUUUCUAGUACUGUUAAAAUGUCUUACUUUGGCUGAAAUUAAGAUGCCUGCUAAGUUAAAUAGACGGCAAGGAACUCAUUCCAAGUUCCAAGUCACUGAUCUUUCCCAGCUGACUUUUACUUUAAUAUUUUGAAUAUUAUUUAUAUGCUAAAUUUGUAAUUACUACCUAUGUGUGAAUUAAACAUGAAUAGACUGUACAGUAAAACAUUGUAUGAAAUCAACAUGUAAUGUUCACUUUAG